AACGGUGAUGAUGACACCGACCCUCUGCACCUGUACAUGGCUCUUGCUACCCUGCUGCGUACUCAUCAGCCUAUCCACCGGCGAAUUGGAUUUCUAUCGAGAUGAAGUUCCUGAAAGUCCAGAAAAUAUCGCGUUGAUGGAAUAUCGCGCUCGCCAAUUGGUUGACUUACUCGAGGCACAGAAUCAUCGUCAACAGCAUCCUCGCAGAGCAUUCUUUUCCCCGUUAGUAGGAAACCAAGCUCACAAGAGGUAUCACUUGGACGCGCACCGUCAAAAGGAAAGGGAUCUUCUAAACGUUUUAACCGAUAAAGCGCUCCUAGCCGAAAUUCUCAGGCAAAAGAAGGCAAAAGAAUGGAAUUACAGACAAACGCGAUACAACGAGCCCAUCAACGAACUUCCGCAAGAAAGGGAACAUUAUCUACCGAUCGAUGAAUCGAGUCAGUUCGAGAAUCAAUUGGAAUUUCUCAAUUUUAAGUUGCCUUAUUUUUCACGGCACACCAACGACCAGGAUGCUAAUUACGAGGAUGAGAGCUAUAGAUACGAUCAAAAUGGACCAAUGAAACAAAUACCUUACGAUGAAAGGCAGUUUGAUAGGGGAAUGAAGGAAGAACCGUUGUCGAGCUUUCAUGGAAGUUACGGUGCGUCGUUCGAUGAACAGAUUGCGAAUGAUAGGAAAAUUCAGAAACCGCAGACGACUCUUCCAGAAUUUACUUAUCACUUCGAUGAUACGGGUCUAAACGAGAAACAUCCGUUCGCGGUGAAACCUAACAACCCCAAAUUUUAUCAAGACGGCCCUUUUUUUUUAGGCGAUAACGAUAAGUUGAACAUAGAAAAAACCUUCGGAAACAGAACGAAGUGGGAGGAAGAAAGUAAUGGAGCAGAAAAAUCGCAAGCAAUACACGAAGAACAUACGAGGAACAGAAAUUCGAAAUUCAAGGAUACAUCGAUGAUCACGUUAUCGGAGAUAGAGCAGCGGACAGGCUACAGUCCUUUGGUUGUACCCGUGAAUCGCGAUUUGAAUAACGAUAUAUAUUUUAUUGCUAUCGUUGCUGGUUGCAGUGCAGCGGCGAUGUUUGCUCUCGUAUUAAUUGCUUUAACAUGGUGCAGGUUGAAGCGGGGUGCUAAGGCAGCUGCUGAUAUAGAAUAUCCAGCUUAUGGAAUAACAGGUCCAAACAAAGAGAUAUCGCCUUCAGGAGACCAAAGACUUGCUCAGUCUGCUCAGAUGUACCACUUCCAACAUCAAAAGCAACAAAUCAUUGCUAUGGAAAAUCGUGUUUCUGCAACCAGAGAUCCGGGCUCUAUUUCUGAAGCCGAGAGCGAAGAAGAAAACGAAGAAGGGGACUACACCGUUUACGAAUGUCCAGGAUUGGCUUCUACUGGGGAAAUGGAAGUGAAGAAUCCAUUAUUCCAUGACGAUCCAACACCAGCAACACCAGCACAAACGAACAAAGAAGAGGACCACAUGUAGUUUCAGUAAAUUCUGAAUACAUUUCAUUUGAAUAUCUCUUUUUUUGGUGCUUAGCUCACUGUUAAUGUACCAUAUCGGAAACAUUUAUCUAUAUAUACACACAUAUAUAUAUAUAUAUAUAUAUACAUGUAUAUACAUAUAUAUUAAAUGUAUACAAUUUUAAUACCUAUGAAUAUGACGCAGGAAGUCAAGAUACAAAAGAUCAAAUCAAGGGUCUGAUAUUUAGGGCUACAUUUGCGUUUUGUGCAAGGGAUUUAUCACGUGAGACGAUGAACAUCUUGUAUCGUUUCGAACUAUUGUGUUUGUUUGAGAACACAUAUUUCUUACCUCCAUGAUGUACUAUAGUUUGUACUUUCAUAGCAAGUGCGGUUUAAACCAUAUGAUUGACAUUUAUUUUUCUACAUGCCGUUACACUUGCAAAGAUAAGAGUACAGAUUGGAGAUCAUAUAUUAUACUAUUAAUAUUCGAUAUCACAUUCUACUUGAUUUUAAUUCUUUAAAUUUAUACACUUGACGUUGGUUCAUCAAAUUUUAACGAUUGAUUUCCUGCUUUAAAUCGUAUCGGAGUCGCAUUGUUCAUUUAUAAAAGAUACUUCUUUCUUUAUUAUUAAUGCUACUGACUCUUGUAACAUUGUCAUAGAGAGAGCUUUAGCAGCGACAAUAUCUUGGGAUUGGUGGACUAAAAUGUUUUCUUACGCGUUACACCACAACAUGAUAUAUCUUCGUGCGUUACGAUGGCGGAAGCGCUACUAGGGCGCGUGAGAAUCGUGCGAAAGUGACAAUAUAACGAGAGUCUACUUUUACCGUAUUUAAAAAAAAAUACUUAAUUCUAUAUAAAUUUACAUAAUAGAGAAGCAAGCAGAAGAAAGUAAGCGAUUAAGAUACUUUAAGAAUUUGAAUUAAGGUGAAAUUUUAUUCUAUACAAAAUGUUAUUGCGUUUAACUUAUUUUAACACACGUUACGAAGCAAUGUGAAAUAAUUCCAGUUUUGCGUAUAUCUGCCGUUAUUUCUGACAUCAUUGCUGUGAUUUAUAUUAUUUCCGGAAGGAAGAGCAAGAGAGAAACUCUGUACAUAUAUGUAUACGUUACAAAGAAACUGUUCCUUUUACUAUUGGCUAUUACACAGGUGAUAUAUAACACGUAUACAUACAUAUAUAAUUUAUUCGCUUGAAACAAUAAUACGUAUGUAUUUUAUUUUUCUAUAACAGUCCUAACGCUGUUGAUCGAUAGAAACGAUUGUAAGAUAAACAGAGCCUAUCAUAGAAAUGAUUAUUUAUUUUGUCAAACUUGAAAGCACUUAUACGUAAUUUAGCGUCGACUGUCUAAUUCACUCCGAAUAAGAGUUACUAUUUACAUUGUAAAUCCUCGAAUAUAUGUGGAAUGCUAUAUAGACAUGCUAAUAAUAUAACAAAGACGAAAAACAGUAAUUUUCCUGAAGAAUUUCGUCAAUGUUUAAUAAUCGGUCAUAGAUCGAGAGUUAAAAAAAGAAAAAAAGAACACGUGAACAGCAUGAACUUAUCGUUAGCCUUUCAAUGCCUUUACAGCACCGCAUCGUCUACCACAAAAUAAAUUCGUUAAAAUUUUAUAGAGUGAGAACACUAUGAAGGGACAAUCUGUGUACAAAUAGACGAUUGUAUAGAAAAUUUGUAGCAUGAUCGUAUGUGUUGUGGGCUGUAGCAUAGCCGCAAUGGAAAUCAUUGCUAUAAAUGUCCGAGAUAUGUUUCGUAAAUAACACACACACAUAUAUAUAUACAUAUAUAAUAUAUGCAUAUGUAUUUACACCUAUAUGC